UCACCACAUGCUGACCCAGUUUCCCUAUCUCCAGAGCCUUUCUCAAAUAGUCAUACAACGGUAACAUCUUCCCCGCUUCAGCCCUCAUCAUACGAGCGGAUGCCGGCCAUCACGUGCCGACCUACCGUACACCCGCCUCUCGUCACAGACACUUCCGACCCCACCUCCGCUGCCGUCAAUGCCGUGCACAAUAGAUCGGGUCCAGCGCCAUCGCCUCCGCCCGUACAGCAAUGCGUAAACCAUGUCGAAAAUAGUCGAAAAAAUAUUAAGCGGAAAAAAGGUCGCAUGAAUACGGUUAAUACGUCGGGCUUUAUCGAAAUCGAGUCAUCGCUAAAUCGGACGGUGGUAUGGUAUUUCAGGAAAAAUGUAGAAAACAUCCCCAGUUACCGUGCUUUCCUCCAUGCGAUAGAGGGCGAAUUGGUGGAAAAAUUACGCGAAUGCGUACGCGAUCACCCGAUAAAAUAUAAUCUUAAACUAGAGGCCACCUACCUCGUGCCUAACGUGGAUAAUACCGCACAAAAUCGUGCGUUUAAAACGUCGGCCAGGGAAUUGUUUGUGCAUAGUAAUAUCGACGGUUUAGUAGAUCGAGAUUUUACGACGCUACUCGCCGAAGAAGACGCGUAUCAAGGUAAAGGCAGCGGCUUCGCUUUAUCGAGCAUCGACGGUUUACUUUUAGGAGUGUACGAAUACACACCUAUGGGGGGCUCCUCCUUUCUACCACUGCCUGCGAGUAUCGCGAAACGAAAGGCUGUGAUAAAUCCGGAAAAUAUCGAUGAGAAUUGUUUCAAAUGGGCGGUGCUUGCGAAACACGUUCGGGGCAAUAACCGCGGGCGCGUAAACGCAAAAUAUUUUAACGAAGAACACCGCUAUGAUUUUUCAGCACUGUCCGCCCCCACCCCCGUCUCGCAGAUUAAAUUAUUUGAGAGGUCAAAUCCCGGUACUUCCGUAAACGUUUACGGCGUACGAAAUUGUAGAAAUAAAAAUAAAAAUAAAAAUUCGACAUCGCAGUCGGCCGUGUAUCCCUUGCGUGUUGUAGACUCUGAGAGCGAAAACCAUUUUGACUUGUUGUUGCUAAACGGUGGCAAGGAAGGUAAAAAAAAUCAUUACGCGUUAAUAACAAAUUUUUCUAGGCUCGUUAGUCGGCAAAAAAAUAAUCGUGAGCAUCGUUAUACAUGUAAAAAAUGCUUUACCACUUUCGACGACCAGCCUCUAAAAUACAAACUACACGGUGAGCAGGCGCUGGCUAGGCAUCGUUUGACAUGUGGCACGCACAAACCCGUAUUGCCUCUGUUGCCUAAAGAGGGGGACACGCUCGAGUUCAACUCGUGGCGGAAAACAGAGCGUCUACCGUUUGUGGUGUAUGCAGACUUCGAGGCGUUACUUUUGAAGUCGUCACAAAAAUAUGGGACUAAUACCGAGGUGAUGCACAAACACCAUCCUAUGAGCUACGGGUACCUAGUUGUUGCGGCGGAGGGGGUACCGGUAGAGUUAUUUGAACAGUUUGGCAUUCCGAGAGCCCCGGUCAUUUUCCGUGGGUCGGUAACCGAAGACGAUGUGGCCAAGAGAUUUGUCCGCGACGUUCUCAAUGUGGCUGAGCGAAUAUGUAAUUUGUACAAGACGGUCAAUGUACCCAUUAUUAUGAGUGAUGUGGAUUGUCGCCUGCAUGCAGACAAGAUGUCGUGUGACUUGUGCAAGGCGAAAUUUACCAAACGUAACUGUAAAGUUGCACAUCAUGACCACCUUUCCGGUCGUUUUUUAAAAACGUUAUGCAACACGUGUAACUUGAAAUUAAAAACGCCCAAGUUUGUGCCGUGCUUUUUUCAUAAUCUUUCAAAUUACGAUGCACACUUUAUCGUUGAGAAUAUGCCUAGUUGUGAUAAAGCGAUUUCUGUGAUAGCGAGUAGUGAAGAAAAGUUUAUCACGUUCACUAAAUACAUAAACAAUACGUUCUCCGUCAAGUUUAUCGAUACGUGCCGAUUCAUGGCAUCGAGUUUGGCAAACUUGGCGGAGAACCUAACGACCGCGAACUUUGAAAAGUUCCGAUAA